CAUCAACAUGGAAAAGUUCAACAUGAAAUCCGCGUGGUGGCAAAAAUACAGACACGCCAAGAACCAUCCCAACCGGCUGAGUAUGGAGAUGGUCCUGCGCCGGAGCUUUGCGCAGGUGCUGAGGGAUUAUGUGCAGCACUGCUCACUCGGGGGCAUCAAGCAGGUGUGCGAGCGGGACAUCCCGAUCAAGCAUCGAAUUUUCUGGACCAUAUUAACCGGCCUCACCUACGCCGCUCUCAUCUACAUGCUGAUGAAUAUAUGGAAGGCCACAUUAAGCAACCCCCUGCUGGUGACCAUGGACUCUUCCACGUACCCCAUCGCCGAGAUUGACUUCCCUGCCGUCGCCGUGUGCAAUAUUAACCGGAUUAGUAUGAAGUCCGUUAAGAAGCGUGCGGUGGAGAUUUACCAAAACCAAAGGCAAAAACAACCAAACGCCACCCUGAAAGACAUCGAAUGGUAUCUGUUGGAAGCCGGUCGGCUCUUGGACUAUUCCUACAACGAAUCUCUUAGACUACGUCUCCUGAAGUUUUCCGCUCAGACCGCGGAGGACUCACAAAAAAAUAUAGAGGAAAUGGAACGGCUGGCUCCAUCAUGCGAGGAAAUGCUCCUGCGUUGUUCCUGGAACGGACAAGAAGUGAACUGCAGCCAUAUUUUCACCAUGCGGCGCACUGUUCUGGGGCACUGUUGCGCAUUCAACUACGUGCUUAAGUACAACUCUAUGGGCAGGCCAGACAAAAGCAACAACCUGAUCGGGAAUGCGAUGCGGCAGAAGCAAGCGGGCAUGCAUCACGGACUCAUCGUAGUGUUAGACCCGCUGCUGGAAGACUAUGCCUAUCCUCUGAGAAGCGUGGAAGGUUUUGAUGUAUUUCUGUUCGACCCAACUCACUUCGCGGAUCCAAGUGGUGGGCGCGUGCUGCAGCGCGUGUCCCAGCCUAAUGAAGUAAUGGUGUUAGAGCUGCGAUCAGUCAAGCAGGUCGCCACGACUGAAGUCAGGAAGUACCCCCUUAGCACUAGGAAAUGUCUCUUCCACGACGAGGUUCCCGAACACUUCGGGGACAUGUACUCAUAUAGCGCAUGCAUUGCGCGCUGCAGGAUUAAGACCAUCCGCUCUCUCUGCAAGUGCACGCCUUACUUCUUGCCUGCCGGCAACAAUGGCGAGAUUGUCUGCUCACUGUCGGAUCUGUGGUGCCUCAACAAGUACAGAGAAAAACUUCUCUAUUUCUACCCGUUCAACUCAAACGCCAAGUUCGGGCUAGAGAUGGAGCGCCUAGACUCACUCUACUGCCCCGAGUGUCUGCCGGACUGCGAAUUGACGAAGCACUACACCAAGUCCUCCGUGAUUCCGAUCAGGGAUCGAGGACUCGGAGACCAGCCAGUGCUGCCGAAUAUUGCGAAAGGCUUGAACGUCACACAAUCAAGUAAUCUAGCGAUUGUGUAUAUCUAUCAACCGACCAACGAUGGAGUCUUGGACCGACUCGAUGUGGUCUCCUACUGGUAUGAAAUACUGAGUAACGUCGGCGGUUUUGCAGGCAUCCUCGUCGGAUUAUCUAUAAUAAGCGUAGUCGAAAUCGUUUAUUAUUUCGUCGUACGGUUAAUUCAAGUUCUGUGCUCGAAUUGGAAAUUAUAUUAUUAAAUAAGAG